AUGACUAUGCAGAACUGGCUGGUCUCUGGCCUAGUAGGCGCAGCCGCCGUGGCAAGUGCGCAACAGAGCCAGUGGGGACAAUGCGGUGGCACCGGCUGGACUGGCGACACGUCCUGUAUCUCCGGUGCUUAUUGUUCCUCGGUCAACCCGUAUUACUAUCAAUGCGUUCCAGGCACUGCCGCCCCGAGCGGUACGUCCACUACCUCAGUCGCCGUGUCAACGACGGCCACGACCAAAACUAGCUCAGCUGCAUCGGCGACUUCUACAAUCAGCGGGAACAAGUACAUUUUCAUCUUCGGCGACUCAUACACGGCAACGAAUUCCUUUUCCGGAUUUAACCCUAACGGCGCGCAUCCAUCCUCUUCGAACCCUAUUGGCAACCCAGCGCUUCCAGGAUCAACCUUCAGCGGUGGAUAUAACUGGGUCGGUUAUCUGCUGACCAAAUACAAUACCUCGUUGACUCUGGGGUAUAACUUUGCGGUCGGAGGGGCAACUGUAGACAAAAGCAUCGUCAAGGGGUCUACAACGACAGACUUUGUGACUCAGGUGACUCAAUGGCAGAACAACUUGGCAAAUAAGCCAUCUUGGUCGCCAUGGACGUCGGAUAAUGCCAUUGCAGGCGCGUUCUUUGGCAUCAACGACCUUCUUGGGGAAUACUGGGACGGCAAGACGCCACCUUAUUCCACGAUCAUCUCGAAGUAUAUGACGGAAUUCCAGCUUCUUUAUAACGCUGGUGUUCGCAACUUUUUCGUUGUCACGGUGCCCCGUAAGUGUUUCUCAAAGUUUCUUGCCUCCAACGCCGAUGUAUGCUCUUUGCUGGAGCUUUUGCUGGGGCUUUUGCUGGAGCUUUGCUAA